AUGCCGAUGUGGCAGACGAAAUCCUGUGACUAGGAUAGUUGGAGGACAGCCCACAACAAUGCAUGAAUAUCCUUGGCAAGUUGCACUGACAUCAACUACGGGAACCAGGCCAUUCUGCGGUGGAUCUAUCAUCUCAGACCAGUGGAACCUGACAGCAGCUCAUUGUGUCUCUGGAUCACAGCCAUCAAGUGUCAUUGUCGUCAUUGGAGAGCAUAUCUGGAACACAACAGCGGAAACAAACGUAACACAGAGGAGAGCAGCAUCGCAAAUCAUGGUGCAUUCAGGUUACAAUAGAAAUACUCAGGACAACGACAUCGCACUGAUCAAACUCACAAGUCCAAUUACUUUCCCAGCUGACAACACAAUCGCUCCUGUGUGCCUUCCAGCCCCUGGCAAUUUAUACGAUAGUGUAACUGCUACUGUUACAGGCUGGGGAACUACUACUUCAGGUGGUAGCCAGCCUGUUAACCUGUAUGAGGUGGAUGUGCCAAAGAUGACCAACUCGCAAUGCCAACAGUAUUAUGGGAGUGCCAUCACAACUAACAUGAUCUGUGCUGGGCUGGCUGCUGGAGGAAAAGAUCAAACUCACAAGUCCAAUUACUUCCCAGGUGACUCAGGAGGACCAUUAGUGACAUAUGGCAAUGCGGCUCAGACGUACAUGGUCCUGAUAGGAGCCGUCUCCUGGGGAAAUGGGUGUGCCCUUCCAAAUUACCCUGGGGUGUACACUCGAGUUGGCAGUAAGUAA